UCUGAACACAGUAGGUACAGCAGACACUCGUUUGAUGUAUUCUCAUUAAAAUGAGCCUAAAUAUAUUUUCAUUAAGUGAUAGACAUCUGCUAUGCACUAAGCUGUUUGCAGUGAAAAGCUUAAAAUUAAGUAGUGCAGUGGGAGGCUGUGAUGGUGCAGCUGGGUGCUACAGGAACUGCACAUGCGCACUGUCUCACUUCCUAAUUCAAACCAAGCUGGUCAGUGGACCUUCAGCCAUUCUGCUAGCUAAGCUAAACAUAAUAAACGACAGUCUCAGUAAUGACUGUUGACUCUGAGCCGAGUGGCGUUUCGUUACCCGUAGCUGGAAUAGUGACAGCAGUAGUGUCAAGUUUCAUCAAUGGGUCGACAUUUGUGCUUCAAAAAAAGGGAAUAUUACGCUCCCGUGACAGAGGAAGCUCGUACCUUACAGAUGUGGUAUGGUGGACUGGCACGUUGUCCAUGAUUGUCGGUCAAAUUGGGAAUUUCCUUGCCUAUAAUGUGGCCCCUGCUGUCAUAGUGACACCACUGGGAGCCCUGGGAGUGUUAUUUGGGGCUGUGCUGGCUUCUUGGAUCUUGAAGGAGCAUUUAAAUAUCCUGGGAAAGCUUGGCUGUGUAUUGUGUUGCUGUGGCUCCGUUGUGCUUAUCAUUCAUGCACCUAAAGAAGAGACUAUAACGUCAAGACUGGAGUUAGAGGAGAGACUAUCGGACCCAGUUUCUGUACUUUAUGUCCUCUUGGUGGUCCUGCUGCUGGUCAUACUAAUUGGGUGGAUUGCUCCAGUUCACGGCACAUCAAACAUCAUGGUGUAUGUCGCCAUAUGUUCCCUUUUGGGAAGUUUCACCGUUCCAAGUAGCAAAGGACUUGGCCUGGUAGCACAAGACAUCUUGGGAGAAGGGCCCUCAGGCAGCAGGGCUCUGGCUCUCUUCCUGGGCUUGCUGGGGACGUUGGCUGUCAGCAUUUUGAUACAGUUCUUCUUCAUCAACAAGGCCUUGGAGAGUUUCAGCUCCAACAUGUUUGAAGCCAUAUACUAUGUGACAUUCACAUCCACCGUCAUUCUUGCUUCUGCUCUUCUCUUCAAGGAGUGGACUGCACUGACUUUAACCGACAGCCUCGCCAUGCUCUGUGGGCUGACAACAGUGUGUGUCGGGGUCGUUUUACUCCGCAUUUCCCAAGAGGCUUUGAUUACGUGGAAGAAGAAGACAGACUGAUUGAGAUACCUGCAUAUGUACAUAACUAAUUUUUUGUGCCAUACUGAAUUUAUUAUAACACAGAAUCUCCACUUGAUUUGUCCUGUGCUAACUCCAGUUUAAGUGAUGAGUGCUACAGUGCAUUUAUAACCAAUUUCUUAGGAUUUAUUUUUAUUAUUAAUUUCAUCAAUACACACAAAUGCAACUGUGAUCAUUGUGAGUCACUUCACUUCUUCUCCCAUAGAUUUUAAACAGCACAUUCAGUUGACAGUUAAUUUGUCAACUUUAUGUUUACUAUUUUCAAAUAUUUAGAAAGAGGCUUGCAAAACACUGGUAAGUGGUUAAAUAGGAAUUGAAAAUAAUCCUGCUUUCUUACAGGUGGAGUUUUUCUCUCAAGGCGUCAAUAGGCCCCUUCAUUGUUUUCCCAGUGCCAGACUUUAUCAGUGUAGUCACCUACACUUUGACUUAUUCAGUGUGCCUCUGAAUUAUUCAUUGUCAUUUCAGAAGCAGUCCCUUUAGUCGACUGCUUGUAUUGAAUAUGAGUAUCAGCAAUGACUGAAUGCUUUGUCUAACAGAGAGGUUUGUAAGGAUGAUUCAUUAUAAUAUAAAUAAUUAAUAAUAAUAAUAAUUAGGAACUUCUGUGGACACUUGCUGUUUUGUCAUGAUGUCUUGUGGCUACAGCUUAUACAUGUGUAAUUAAAAUAGAAUUUGGAUUAUGGAUUAUUUAUUUAAAAACGUUUACACUAAUUUUACCACUGUAUUUGUAUUUUCCUGCUUGAUUAUUAUUAUUAUUAUCAUUAUUGAUUCCUUCAAUUAAGUCGGUACAAAGUGGGACUCAUACUGCCAUUAAUAAUAAUUAAGUAAUAAUAAAGUAAGUUUAAUUUUCCA